UGGCACCCGCAUCGGACUUCUCCGUCAGACCGGCUACGUCAAAACUCAAAGCACAUGGCCGACUGCAUGUAAACAUAGGAAAGUUCGUCUUGGACGGUGCACGAUUUGAUGUUGAUCAUUUUGUUUGCACGACUUUAUUUUGUGUAUACGCCUCUGAUAUGUGAUGAAGGUUACACGUAUAUGUUCGUGAUUCCCCAGCGAUAAACGUACUUUGGACCGGGAGGUUUUCAUCGUUUUGUUUACGUAUGCAAAUAGUAUUGUUGAAGUGAACUACACUUGUUUACAAGACGGUUUCUGGAUAAUAUGACUUAAACGCAACUUGUCAACCUUUCUGGGCAGAAGGUGGUCACCACAAAACACUUUGAUGCUUCAGACCACAGAAAGUCGGCAUGCUGAACGACAAAGACGCUCGUCGCGCGCAGCUUGCUGCAAUGCUUCCACUUCCGGCACGCUUGCCUGAUGGUCGUCAGGUAAUGGUCAGCUUUAUGACCGGAUGUCAACUAACGGAAACUUACAAUAUUAUCCGAACAUGCGCAGAACAAAGCGAUGGCUUCGGAUUAGAUGAGUUCAGAAAUGAAGAUGAGUUUAGAAGUGAGGUAGGAUCUUCAGACUGUUUUGCAAUUGUCGGUAAAGAAUCGGGGGAAAUGCUAGCAGCAUUUAUUUUGACUGUAAGUAAAUUCUACAGAGGGUCAAGUGGUGCCGUUGACCCAUACAUUCUUGUUCAUCCAUCAGAACGCCGGAAAGGUAUAGGACUGUUCUGCCUCAGGACAAUAGUUGGGUUUUCACAAAGACUUGGAUUUGAUGCCAUGUAUAUAGACACUUUCUGCAACAACGGAGCGAUGAUGAAGAUAUUGGACACAGUGGGUGGAUUUACGCGUGUGGGUUACCUCCCCUUAGGUGGAAAGCUGAGGAACGGAAUGACGGUUGGGUCAUAUAUAUACUAUAGAUCUUUACUGAACAACUGUGGCGGAGAGUGGGGUCAGGUCGUAGACAAUAACAACGGCGAGUGACCCCCAGGUCUCAUCAUGCUAAGUGUAAAUAACAUGUUAAAUGUAAGGGAAACAAUCGCGUUAAAUACAUUAUCAACAUUUGAACUUAUUGUUAUGGAUUUUACUAAAUGGGAAAGUUAUUUGUACUGUAGAAUUUGUACUGGAAGAAACUGAAUGCCAGAAAAAUGCUCACUGGUUUUGUUAUCAAGGGAGAUAACUCCAGUGAAGAAAUGCAACACAAUUAUGUGCGUUACUCUAAGCAUGAACUUAAGUCUGGGCUGUAAAUUGGUGGUAGUUGAUUAAAUCUUAUAUGUAUGAUUAA